AUGACUGGAGCCCUGCAUACUGGACUCAUUCUCUUCUCCUUCAUGGUUGUAUGUGAGAGUGAGCCAACACAUGCUGGACCAGACAGAGUGGGGGGAUCAAAUGGACAGUCCGAACUGGUCCAUCUGACCUCACAAUCGGCCUUCCAGCUGUUCAAUGACUCGUUUGCCUUUUCCAGGGCAGAGAGUUUUUGCAGAGGCCAGUUCAGCUCCCUCGCCAACCUGGACCAGACAGAGGACCGGGAAGGGACCUUAGAGCUGCUACAACAGACUGGACUUACUUCAGCUAUUUGGGUCAGGGACCCCAGCAAAGUAGCCUCCAAGCCUGUGGCCCUAGCCAAGCAGUAUGUGCAGUUCUCAGCUCUAAACUUCACAAAGGAAUCCCGUGAGGGCUUUACUCGUGUCAACAUGUCCUUCCCUGCCCUGUCAUCUGUCAGUGUGUGUGUUCGAGUUCAGUGGGACCCAGAGUGGAAUGAGGUGUCCACCAUCUUCUCCUAUGCUGCACCUGUCUUUACCAAUGAGUUCCAGCUACGAGGCCAAGCAGACAUGCAGGAACACAUCCUCCUGGCGCUCAUCAUCCAUGGGAAGCACCUGCCGUAUAAGGCAUCCUUCCCCAAUGACGGUGCGUGGCAUCACAUCUGUGUUACAUGGCGCCGCAGCAUUGGCCAAUGGGCUAUCUAUGUGGACGGUAUCAGGAAGGACAUGGGAUCAGGGACAGACACUUCUAGGGAUAUCCAUGGAGACGGGAUACUCAUCCUGGGUCAGGACCAAGACUCCUUUGGAGGGAAUUUUACAGAGCCUUUUUUUGGAGCUAUCACUGACCUGAAUGUUUGGAAUAUGUAUCUGGAAACAAGACAUGCCAGUGCCCUCAAUGCGUGUUCACUCAUGACCCAGGAAGUGCUUUACAGUUGGAAUCCAGACUACCUUACCAGCCACCCAGUGGUCAAAGAGGUGCAGGCCCUUCUGUUCUGCCCAGCUGUAGACCAGCAGAUGGAGCUGCAGGGCUGCAGGACGCUGCAGCGCUGGUCAGAUCAGCCCCCACUGUUUGGCUUGAUAGACUGCUCAGAACGACUGCCAUUCAUCUGCAGGAGCAGCAGAGAGCGUUACCUGAAAAUGAAGCAGAUGAGUGAGUCUCAGCCUUCUUCCUUUAUGAACCAUCUGAUGAAGAUUUCCAACAAAACCCAGCCAGUGCUGGAGCAGCAACCAUCAGGGCUGAGCAGCCUGGCCCAAGCAUCCGACCUCCUGGAAAACUCUGUCCAGGCCUUGGAGGACACUCAGCAGGAGGGACUGCAGCCAACAGACAUGGUGUCCCUCAUUCAGCUACUCUCUCUGGCUGCUGACAUCCCCUCACAGCCGUCUGCUGCUGACACCAGCCACAGCAAGGACAGCAUCCAGGAGCUCAGCCAGCACUUCAUCAGCGUGGCAGACAGCAUCAUUAAUGAAGAAAACGCCCUCAAGUGGCAGGCCAUCAGAGAGGUGGUGAAUGGCCCCAUGGAUGUGGUCAAGAGUAUUGACCGGAUGGUGACCAGCCUGAGUCCUCACUUGAUGGCAGAGACUGAUCACCUGACCAUUCACCGCCCCAAUAUCAAAGUGGAGGUGCAGCAACAGUUACUGCAGGAAGAAUUCAGAGGAUCAAUCUUCUGUGGGCCUGAGACAGAGAAGCACACCAACCUAGACUGUAUUUCAGUCCCACUUCAGAAGAUACAGGAUCUCCAUAACAACGGCUUCACUAAGCUCACGUUGGUCAAUACGUGGUAUGGCUCUCUGCGGCCUCUUUUCAGUGCUGAGGAGAACAUCACUAUGGUUCCUACGGUCACGGAUGGCAGCCAGAGGUAUUUGGGCACUGUCUUGGGCUCCUCUGUCAUAUCCACCACAGCGCUGGGAGAUGACCAGCCGGUGAGCAUGGCAGUUCACUUCCAGCUCCGGCACAGAGUACAGAAUCCCACUGGUACUGUGUAUGAUCCAGUGUGUGCAUUCUGGGAUUUUGAUCUCACUCCGGAGGCUGGUGGGUGGUGGAAUACCAAAGGCUGUGAGGUAGUGUCCAAAGAAUAUGGAUACACUGUGUGCUAUUGCAACCAUACCACAAAUUUUGCAUUGCUGUUGCAGGUUUAUGAAGCCCAGAGGAGCCCGGAGAACGAAAACGCUCUGCAGGUGUUGACUUUCAUCGGCUGUGGAGUGUCUCUGUGUGGCCUCCUCUUCACCUUCAUCCUCUUCAUCGCUGUUGGUGUCCCUAAAUCAGACCGUACCACUGUGCAUAAGAACCUGAUAGUUUCUCUGGGCAUCGCUGAGCUGCUGUUGAUGUGCAGUGACUGGGCGUCUGCAAAUGAGGCAGCAUGCUUCAUGGUGACUGCACUCCUUCACCUCUUCUUCAUGGCGUCCUUCUCCUGGAUGCUAGUGGAGGGCCUGCUGCUCUGGAGCAAAGUAGUGUCAGUCAACAUCAGUGAGGACCGCAGGAUGAAGCUCUACUACAUCAUUGGCUGGGGACUGCCUGUUCUAAUAGUUGGUGUAACACUGGCAGUAUCAGUGGACAAAUACAAGGCAGAUGAUCACUGCUGGCUCAAUGUGAAGACUGACACCAUCUGGGCCUUUGUGGGACCUGUAAUAUUUGUCUUGGUGGUCAAUGCAGUUGUGCUGUGUCGGGUUGUCAUGGUGACGGUUUCCAGUGCUCAUCGUCGUGCUAAGAUGCUCAGUCCAAGCUCAGCAUCAAAGUUGCAGACCUUUGACCUCACCUGGGCUGUGACCCGUCCAGUGCUCAUCCUGCUGCCCGUGCUGGGUCUGACCUGGCUGUGUGGGGUGCUGGUCCAUCUGUCUGUUGUAGUCGCCUAUGUCUUCAUCGCCCUUAAUGCCUUCCAGGGCCUGUACAUCUUCUUAGUGUAUGCUGUUUACAACAGUGAGGUGAGGAAUGCCAUAAAGAGGAUCAAAGAAAAGAGAAAGGCCUUAUCUUUCACGAACUGUUCCCAGCCAACCAGCUUCCUGCCAUCCCAAAGGGCCCCAAUUACCUCCUGGUGCCGCAAUCAUCCAGCCCCCUCCAGUCCUGAGACCAGUGAGACCUCUGGACCCCCCAGUUCCACGUCCACAUCAUUGGUUAUCAAGAACGAGAGUUUCAGAACUGACAGCUUUGUGAGUUUCUCUCUAAAACCAGCAUCAGGAGACCAAGUGGUCCAGCUGACUGCAUUCAAACCAUCAGGGAUGUCCAUGGAUCUGGUCUUCAUGCCAACUAUUUUCAGUGUGAUCAGAAAAGUGGUGCUGGUUACACUGACAGUCAUUAUCGGUUACAUUGUCAUCAUCGCUGACAGACAGGCUUUCAAACAGGGUUAA